AGUGGACCUCCAGGUGAUUCCCAAAGACAUCAACAAACCCAACAGACCGACUCAGAGAAGAAGAGAGAGGAUCCCCCACUGACCUCUGGCCCAAGUGGACCUCCAGAAACUCCUGCUGCAAAGUGUCGACGUAAACUCAAGUCUAACCUGCAGGAGAAGUUUGAGUGUCUGUUUGAGGGGAUCGCUAAAGCAGGAAACCCAACCCUUCUGAAUCAGAUCUACACACCGCUCUACAUCACAGAGGGAGGGACUGCAGAGGUCAAUGAUGAACAUGAGGUCAGACAGAUUGAAACAGCAUCCAGGAAACCAGACAGACCAGAAACAACAAUCAGACAAGAAGACAUCUUUAAAGCCUCUUCUGGAAGAGAUAAACCAAUCAGAACAGUGAUGACAAAGGGAGUGGCUGGCAUUGGGAAAACAGUCUUAACACAGAAGUUCACUCUGGACUGGGCUGAAGACAAAGCCAACCAGGACAUACACUUCACAUUUCCAUUCACUUUCAGAGAGCUGAAUGUGCAGAAAGAGAAAAAGUACAGCUUGGUGGAACUUGUUCAUCACUUCUUUACUGAAACCAAAGAAGCAGGAAUCUGCAGGUUUGAAGAGUUCCAGGUUGUGUUCAUCUUUGACGGUCUGGAUGAGUGUCGACUUCCUCUGGACUUCCACAACACUGAGAUCCUGACUGAUGUUACAGAGUCCACCUCAGUGGAUGUGCUGCUGACAAACCUCAUCAGGGGGAAACUGCUUCCCUCUGCUCGCCUCUGGAUAACCACACGACCUGCAGCAGCCAAUCAGAUCCCUCCUGAGUGUGUCGGCAUGGUGACAGAGGUCAGAGGGUUCACUGAUCCACAGAAGGAGGAGUACUUCAGGAAGAGAUUCAGAGAUGAGGAGCAGGCCAGAACCAUCAUCUCCCACAUCAAGACAUCACGAAGCCUCCACAUCAUGUGCCACAUCCCAGCCUUCUGCUGGAUCACUGCUACAGUUCUGGAGUGCAGCAUGAAAAGCAGAGAGAGAGGAGAGCUGCCCAAGACCCUGACUCAGAUGUACCUCCGCUUUGUGUUGCUUCAAUCCAAAGUCAAAAACAUCAAGUAUGAUGGAGGAGCUAAAAAAGAUUUACACUGGAGUCCAGAGAGCAGGGAUAUGAUUGAGUCUCUGGGAAAACUGGCUUUUGAGCAGCUGCAGAAAGGCAACCUGAUCUUCUAUGAAUCAGACCUGACAGAGUGUGGCAUCGAUAUCAGAGCAGCCUCAGUGUGCUCAGGAGUGUUCACAGAGAUCUUUAAAAAGGAGGACUGUGGGCUAUUGCAGGUGUUCUGCUUCGUCCAUCUGAGUGUUCAGGAGUUUCUGGCUGCUCUUCAUGUCCAUUUGACAUUCAUCAAGUCUGGAGUCAAUCUGCUGGCAGGAAACACAAUAAUAUCCAGGUUCACUGAAAUGUUUAGAAGCAAAUCAGCACGUUUCUACCAGAGUGCUGUGGACGAGGCCUUAAAGAGUCCAAAUGGACAUCUGGACUUGUUCCUCCGCUUCCUCCUGGGUCUUUCACUGCAGACCAAUCAGCCUCUCCUACGAGGUCUGCUGAUACAUACAGGAAGUAUCUCACAGGCCAAUCAGGAAACAGUCAAGUACAUCAAGAAGAAGAUCAGGAAGAAUGUGUCUGCAGAGAGAAGCAUCAAUCUGUUCCACUGUCUGAAUGAACUGAAUGAUCGUUCUCUAGUGGAGGAGAUCCAACAGUAUCUGAGAUCAGGAAGUCUGUCCACAGAUAAACUGUCUCCUGCUCAGUGGUCAGCUCUGGGCUUCAUCUUACUGUCAUCAGAAAAAGAUCUGGACGUGUUUGACCUGAAGAAAUACUCUGCUUCAGAGGAGGCUCUUCUGAGGCUGCUGCCAGUGGUCAAAGCCUCCAACAAAGCUCUGCUGACUGACUGUAACCUCUCAGAGAGAAGCUGUGCAGCUCUGUCCUCAGUUCUCAGCUCCCAGUCCUCUAGUCUGAGAGAUCUGGACCUGAGUAACAACAACCUGAAGGAUUCAGGAGUGAAGCAGCUUUCUGCUGGACUGGAGAGUCCACACUGUGAACUGAAGACUCUCAGCCUGUCAGGAUGUCUGAUCACAGAGGAAGGCUGUGCUUCUCUGGCCUCAGCUCUGUGUGCCAACCCCUCCCAUCUGAGAGAGCUGGACCUGAGCUACAAUCAUCCAGGAGACUCCGGAGAGAAGCUGCUGUCUGCUGGACUGGAGGAUCCACGCUGGAGACUGGACACUCUCAGGUUGACUGACUGUAAGCUCUCAGAGAGAAGCUGUGCAGCUCUGUCCUCAGUUCUCAGCUCCCAGUCCUCUAGUCUGAGAGAUCUGGACCUGAGUAACAACAACCUGCAGGAUUCAGGAGUGAAGCAGCUUUCUGCUGGACUGGAGAGUCCACACUGUGGACUGGAGACUCUCAGGCUGACUGACUGUAACCUCUCAGAGAGAAGUUGUGCAGCUCUGUCCUCAGUUCUCAGCUCCCAGUCCUCUAGUCUGAGAGAUCUGGACCUGAGUAACAACAACCUGCAGGAUUCAGGAGUGAAGCAGCUUUCUGCUGGACUGGAGAGUCCACACUGUGAACUGAAGACUCUCAGCCUGUCAGGAUGUCUGAUCACAGAGGAAGGCUGUGCUUCUCUGGCCUCAGCUCUGCAGGACAACCCCUCCCAUCUGAGAGAGCUGGACCUGAGCUACAAUCAUCCAGGAGACUCAGGAGAGAGGAUCCUGUCUGCUGGACUGGAGGAUCCACACUGGAGACUGGACACUCUCAGGUUGACUGACUGUAACCUCUCAGAGAGAAGCUGUGCAGCUCUGUCCUCAGUUCUCAGCUCCCAGUCCUCUAGUCUGAGAGAUCUGGACCUGAGUAACAACAACCUGCAGGAUUCAGGAGUGAAGCAGCUUUCUGCUGGACUGGAAAGUCCACACUGUGGACUGGAAACUCUCAGCCUGUCAGGAUGUCUGAUCACAGAGGAAGGCUGUGCUUCUCUGGCCUCAGCUCUGCGUGCCAACCCCUCCCAUCUGAGAGAGCUGGACCUGAGCUACAAUCAUCCAGGAGACUCAGGAGAGAAGCUGCUGGCUGCUGGACUGGAGGAUCCACAUUGGAGACUGGACACUCUCAGCCUGCAGCCUGCUGGAGUCCGAUGGUUGACACCAGGUCCUUGGAGGUAUUUCUGUGAACUGGAACUGGAUCCAAACACAAUGAACAGAUUCCUCAAACUGUCUGAUAACAACAGGAAGGUGACAUUUGUGGAGGAGCAUCAGUCAUAUCCUGAUCAUCCAGACAGAUUUGAUGUCAGGCCUCAGCUGCUGAGUAGAAAUGUUCUGACUGGUCGCUGUUACUGGGAGGUCGAGAAGGAGAGUCUCCUCCUGUCAGAGAAACACCAGGGAUCAUGGACACUGUGA